AUAUUCCACCCAACACACCAAAAUUCAACAUCCUUUUAAUAAAAAACGGAAGCCGGAGAAACCCUCCCUGAGCUGCAAAAUCUCGAAAGAAUACUCCAAAUUGAAACAAAAGAAAGAAAUAAAAUGUUUCCUUUACGGGGCCUAACCUCCACUCCACUCCCUCCUCUCCAUCUCAAAACCUCCCAUCCCCUCCCUCCACUAAAUGCCACCAUUUCAACCGCCAUAACCAACAAAUUCUCCAUCUCCGACGAGGACCUGGAAUCCCGAGGCUUCAACCUCCACCGCAAGAUUGCAGACCUCAAUUUGGACCACCUCAACAAGGUCUUCGUAGCGGUUGGAUUCCCCAGACGGGACCCGCAAAAGAUCAGGCUGGCGUUGGAGAACACAAACUCUCUUUUGUGGGUGGAGUACAAGAAGACCCAGAAGCCAGUUGCAUUUGCUAGAGCAACCGGUGAUGGUGUUUUCAAUGCUAUUAUUUGGGAUGUUGUGGUUGACCCAUCUUUUCAAGGGAUUGGGUUAGGGAAAGCUGUAAUGGAGAGGUUGAUGGAGGAGUUGUUAGAGAAGGGUAUUAUUAAUAUCGCUUUGUAUUCGGAGCCUCGGGUUCUCGGGUUUUACAGGCCUUUGGGGUUUGUGGCAGAUCCUGAUGGGAUUAAAGGGAUGGUGUACUCAAGAAAAAAGAAUAGCAAGAGAUAAUUUUAAUUCAAUUCACUUUGCUAUUGUCGUUCUAGAGUGUUUAUUUUUUGGGUUGAUUUUGUUCUGGUGAUAGUGAUGAUGAUCUGUGUUCCAUUUUGAGUUGAA